AAGCUCCUCCCCUUUCACUGGGUUCCUUCCGUCUACGACUCCCCUCCGGCUCCCUCCCUAAAUCUACCCUGUUUGAUCUGUUUUCAUUUUCAUUUUCUUCAUUGCCUCUGUGUGUGUGUGUGUGUGUGUGUGUGUGUGUGUGUGUUUGCGCGCGCUCUCCAUAGCCUGAGUGUCUGUUUUAACUUAAUUCUUCCACUUAAGACACUCACGUGCCGUGCCCGCCAUCCGUUUCCCCCUCCCCUUAACGUCGCAGGAUCUCUGAUCCUAGACAAUGUCUAACCUGCUUUGACUGACCCUGGUUAUGACACGCCUUUCUAACCACCAAAACUAUUGACUGAUGAUCCUCUCCCCCAAGAACGCUAACACAGAAGCUGCCCUCUGAGACUCUGGAUGACUUUAUUCUUCAAAUGGCUUUACCUUCCAGCAGCUCCAGGGACCCUCCAUUCCCAAUUUCCAGGAAAAUGUGAUGAGCUACAGGUAUCAACGUCUAGAUCACCACUUAAUGAUCUAGCUACAAGUGACUGGCGUGGAAAAUCUAGGGGCAGCGGGGUCCAUCAGGAAGAUGUCUAAAGAAAUGGCAGACCAAAAAGAAGGAGAAGCUAAGGAAAAAGAGGUGUGCAGAGACCAGAUCAAAGAAUCGGACAAAGAAGAGGAACCACCAGCUGCUGCAUCCCAUGGCCAGGGGUGGCGUCCAGGUGGCAGAACACCUAGGAACUCAAGGCCUGAACCCGGGAUCAGACCCCCUGCACUCCCUAACAUGGUCAAUGACCCACCAGUACCCGCCUUACUGUGGGCUCAGGAGAUGGGCCACGUCCUGGCAGGCCGUGCCCGCAAGCUGUUGCUGCAGUUUGGGGUGCUCUUCUGUACCAUCCUCCUCCUGCUCUGGGUGUCUGUCUUCCUCUACGGCUCCUUCUACUAUUCCUACAUGCCGACAGUCAGCCACCUCAGCCCCGUGCAUUUCUACUACAGGACCGACUGCGAUUCUUCCUCCUCCUUACUCUGCUCCUUCCCCGUUGCCAACGUCUCACUGGCUAAGGGUGGACGUGAUCGGGUGCUGAUGUAUGGACAGCCGUACCGCGUCACCUUAGAGCUCGAGCUGCCAGAGUCUCGCGUGAACCAAGAUUUGGGCAUGUUCUUGGUCACCAUCUCCUGCUACACCAGAGGUGGCCGAAUCAUCUCCACCUCUUCCCGCUCUGUGAUGCUGCACUACCGCUCAGACCUGCUCCAGAUGCUUGACACGCUGGUCUUCUCCAGCCUCCUGCUGUUCGGCUUUGCAGAGCAGAAGCAGAUCCUAGAGGUGGAGCUAUACCCGGAAUACAGAGAGAACUCGUACGUGCCGACCACCGGGGCCAUUAUUGAGAUCCACAGCAAGCGCAUCCAGCUGUACGGCGCCUACCUCCGCAUCCAUGCCCACUUCACUGGGCUCAGGUACCUGCUGUACAACUUCCCCAUGACCUGCGCCUUCGUCGGCGUCGCCAGCAACUUCACCUUUCUCAGUGUCAUCGUGCUCUUCAGCUACAUGCAGUGGGUGUGGGGCGGCGUCUGGCCCCGACACCGCCUCUCUUUGCAGGUAAACGUCCGAAACAGAGACGGCUCCCGAAAGAAAGUCCAGCGAAGGAUCGCUGCCCGCCAGCCAGGAGGCACAGGGCCCCAAAGCCAGGAGGCGGCCCCUCAGCUGUCACAGGUUACAGAGCACAGGGAGAGCCCUGCAGCCCCCUCGGGGACAGCUGCAGAGGGCCAGAUGUCCCCAGAGGAGAAGCCAGAUCAACAGCAGCCCCUGAGUGGCGAGGAGGAGCCAGAGCCCGAGGCCAGUGACGGUUCAGGCUCCUGGGAAGAUGCAACCCUGCUGACAGAGACCAGCCUGCCAGUUCCUGCCCCUGCCCUUGCCCCGGAGACCGUGGGCAGCUCCGAAUCCUCCGCGGGCACCGUCCGCCAGCGCCCUAUGUGCUCCAGUUCCUGAAGAGAACGGGGCAGCGUCCCCACCUUCCAGCCCUUCCCCCACCACCACCACCCCUUUCCCGUGCCGUGGCUCCCUGAAUAAACUAUUUUCGUGCCAGCUGCC